ACUGGCUGUGAAAUUUUGAAUGACUUAAUAUAAACAUAACCUUGUUUGUUACGUUCGUUCAAGAUGCGUUUGUUAUCAAGUCUAUUCCGAACAAGAAGAUUGUUAUAUGAAUAUUCCAUACCUCGCAUUAAUAAUGUAGUAACGUAUCCUUGGAUAAACCAAGUUAAACAAUUUUCAACUAAUAAUGUAAAGAAUUCCAAAGAAAACAUACAAAAUGAUUCACAUAACCUAUUUGGUUCGGUAAAGCCUAAUUAUAAGAUCUUUGAUGACAAAGAUGCAGAAGUUAUUCUCGAUACCAGUGAAAAGCAAGAAACAAUUAAUUUAGAAGAUUUAAUUAAUGAUGUAGAAGAACGUGAUCCUUAUAUGGGAUUAAAUUUAGAACGUGGCGUGAAAGGCGUAUAUGAUAUUGAAGACCUUGUAUCGCUAUUGAAAAGGGAUAAUGCUCAAGACAUCUUUGUAGUUUCUGUUGAUCCUAAAUUGUCCUAUAUUGAUUACAUGGUUGUAGUAACAGGCAAAUCAAACAAACAUAUGAGUGCCCUUGCUGCUUUUGUUCGUAAAGUAUAUAAAUUGAAAAAACACAAAACAGACGUAAUACCAAAGAUUGAAGGGUCAAAUUGUAAAGAUUGGAUAGCUUUAGAUUUAGGGAACAUUGCAUUACAUAUUUUUUCAAAGUCAACCAGAGAAUUGUAUGAUCUAGAAACAUUAUGGUCAGUUGGUCCUGAUUAUGAUGAUAAGAAUAAUGAAACAGGCACAGUAGACCUUAUGGAACAAUACAAUAUAAUUUUGAAUACCUUGAACCCUGUUGAGAAAAACAAUGAAAUUGAAAAUGAGGCUAAGGAGUGAUGACAAAUAUAAUUAUCAACAUAAUGUAAAUUGUAUUUUCAUUUUAAAUAAAUUAACAUAACAACAAGUUA